GGCGGCUGAGGCAGCAGCGGCGGCUGCAGGAGCGGCGGCUGCUGCAGGGAAGAGAAAGGCUGCGGCCCGGGUCAGUACUGUCCCGGCGGGAGGUGGCCAGGUAGGCGGUGGCGACGGCGGGCGGGGCCGCUCCGUCGGUGCGCGCACCUAUCCGUCUGCCCUUCAGUGUGUCAGAGUGCAGAGCGGGACCGCCAGCUGCGGUGGCUGCUGGGCUAUGGCGCCUAUGGUGCUAUUCAAUGCGCUGGCCACGAGGCUGCUCUUCGGGCUUCACUCGCUGGUGGGCUUCUGGCGGGUGACAGAGGUGAAGAGGGAUCCCCGCUUCUGGAUGCUAGCGCUGCUGCUCUUCCCGCUCCUCCUGGAGACCGCACUGACGCUCAAAAGGCGCCGCGGCCGAGGCUACCCUGGGUUUUCGCCCGCCAUAUUUUUAUAUCUGAUUAGCAUUGUGCCAUCGUUAUGGCUCCUGGAGAUGCACCAUGAGACUCAGUAUUGCAGUAACCAGGCUGAAGGAACGUCUCCGAAUGCCAGUAGCAAGGCAGACUUCAAUCAAACUCAGUUGAUGAAGAAUCACAACACGGUGGCUGAGGCUCUCCUUGAGACAGCCAAAGGUUUUGUCAACGAUUUAUCGACUGUGUGCGAGAAAGUUUGGACGCUGGGACUCCACCAGACCUUCUUGUUAAUGCUCAUCAUUGGGAGGUGGCUUCUGCCCAUCGGCGGGGGCAUCACCCGGGACCAGCUCUCUCAGCUCCUCCUCAUGUUUGUGGGGACCGCGGCCGACAUACUCGAGUUUACUAGCGAGACCCUGGAAGAGCACAAUGUGAGAAAUAACCCUGCACUUGUUUAUGCAAUUCUUACCAUUUGGACCUGGAGCAUGCUACAGUUUCCACUUGACCUCGCAGUACAGCAUUUCGUCUGCCCCGCAUCCGUGACACAUAAGGGGUUCACCAGUUUGUUCCUCUGCCAGUACAGCGCUGACUUGUGGAACAUUGGAAUCAGCCUCUUCAUCCAGGAUGGGCCUUUCCUCGUCGUCCGUCUCAUCCUGAUGACCUACUUCAAAGUGUUCAACCAGAUGUUGGUAUUCUUCGCUGGGAAGAACUUCCUCGUGGUCGCGCUGCAGCUUUACCGCUUAAUUGUGCUGGUCUUGGACGUUCGGGCUUCCUUGAGGGAGAAGCCUUGUAGCCCGAAAGGGGAGGACAACUCUCCGCGUCAGCCUAAGGAAAGUGGGCACUCACCCAGGACUGGAAAGAGAGAGACGGCAGAGGAAACAGCUAUUCCUUUAGAGGACUCUCCAGGGGCAGCUGAGGGUUGCUGAAUUCACAGGUUCUUCCCCACAGCGAGCUAGUUCAGCCUCUCACCAAGGAUUGUUAAGGGCUUCCUGUGUGCCAGGCACUGCGGAUACAAAGAAUGAAAUGAAAUAGUCCCUGACCACAAGGAGUUUAUAUUCCACUACAAUUUAAACUUUUAUAAAGUUUUACCUUUUUUUAAAAUUUCAGAGUCUUUAUAUAACAUCUGAAUAUAAGUCGUUUUGACUUGAUCCUUUUUAUUUUCCAUCUUAUCACAGAACUUGGCUUAAAGAUUAGGAAAAAAAAAGACAAGAUCCUGGAAAAUCACACACACACACACACACACACACACACACACACACAUACAUAUAUAUAUACAUAUAUAUUAAUGAUUGCAAUGAAGACUUUUUGGACAAUUGCUAUCAUUCUAACUUAUCAGAUGGAGUCAGAAUGCUCUAGUUUGGGGAUCUAAGAGCUCUGGAUGCAAGUGGACAAUAUGUAAAGAUGUUAUCAGGGGUUUCAGUUAUAUGUCCUUGGAAAAUACUUCCCAAAAGAAUAAAAACAUCAAAAAGAUCUCCUUAAAAAAAGAGCCUCAAACAUCGUCUCUUUCAACAGACUCAGGCUCCUUUUCCAUUUCCAACUAUGUCUUUAUGACAUAAAAGGUUACACUCAGUGAAUGCAGAAAAGAUGAAAGAAAGAAAGAAAGAAAGAAAGAAAGAAAGAAAGAAAGAAAGAAAGAAAGAAAGAAAGAAAGAAAGAAAGAAAGAAAGAAAGAAAGAAAACACAAAGAAAAAAGAAAGAAAGAAUGAAUGAAUGAAUGAAUGAAUGAAAGAAAGAAGGAAAGAAAGAAAGAAAGAAAGAAAGAAAGAAAGAAAGAAAGAAAGAAAGAAAGAAAGAAAGAAAGUCAUAAAAAUUACCUCAUUGAGGGGCAUGAUGCUAAGAAAAACCCCUGCCCAUUCAUCACUGCACAGAUCAUCUCAGAAAACAAAAAUCUAGAUUUGCUAGAAACAUUAUGCUCCUUGAAUGCAAUUCUUUUACAUGCCUCAGCCCAUUCUGCCCCACACUAUUUAUUGUUUCUACAAAUUUCAUGUUAGGUGAAACAGUGUUAUGGGGCCACCAUCCCAUGGCGACAAUAUCAGGAAUGGAUGAUUGACCCACUUUUGCCGUAGCAUUUGGUUAUAAGAUAUCAAUGAUAUUGUUGCAAAACAACCUUCCUCAGGUCAUCUUACAUGGAUUGGAUGGGAACAUCGCUUUUAGCAUCAGAAAUGGAGCCUCCUAGGAGGCAAGGGGGCCAUUUCUAUCUCUGUGCUCUUGGAAGUGCCCCCACACUAAGUUUCCUAAUCAUGGAUUGCAAUUGGUUUACAAGGGCUCCUUUAGCCCGACCCUCUCAGACAGAUUAAGAAACGGAGGCACUGAGAGACCCCAAGAUCAUAAAGGGGGGCUCUAGAGGGCAUUGCAGUCAUCAAACCUGAGCCGUACAUUUUAGAAAGGAGGAAAUAAAAGCCAAGAGACAUGAAGUGCCCAAGAUUCCAAGCUAUGAACCAUCAGAGCCUGGAUUCAGACCCUUCUGAAGCCUUCAGACCCACGAUCGCCUCUAGAGCCUUGCUGGACCAUAUCAACCUGAGCCAUUAGACGAAUCAGCGUAAAAUGUGCUGAUAAAAGGAAUGUUGAAUUUUAUUGCUAGCCUUUAUAUAGUGUUUUAAUGUAUUGCCUUAUCUGAUCCUCAUGACAAUCUGUGAGCAGGUGCUGUUAUUAUCCUUCUUUUAUAGAUGAGGAAACUGAGGUAAAGAUUUACCUGACUUGCCCAGGACCACCUAACUGCUCAGGCAUCUGAGACAGGAUUUGAACUCAGGUCUUCUUGACUGCAAAUCCAGUGCACUACCUAACUGACUAGGAUUUCACUACAGUAUCUUGUACUAUUGUCACCAAGAUAAAAUAAUGUGGAGGUUCCUUCUGAACCACUAUUUACAAGUCUCUUUUUUUCCCUGCUUGGGGCAACUCAUAUUCCAGCUAGUAGUCAGAAAUUUAGGAAAAACCAGCCAGAGCCAUUUGAAAAGAAGGCCUUAUAUUCAUUUCUUUUCCCCCAGAAAUGAGCCUUCCUUCUUCUUACAAAGAAACAUCUGCCUUAUUUCUUUCAAAAACGUGUAUGCCUUUCGGCAUGGCUGACUUUGAAGUCUUUUCCAAUACUUAAUAUAUAUAUUUUUUUCAUAUAUUUCAUUCUUCCAGUGGCAGGAAAUAACAACAGAUGCAGAUGACAAUUCAGUUUAAGAAUUAACUUCCAAACCAAAGUGGGUUGCUUUAUGGGGUAGUGAGCUGUCUGUUCCUGAAAGUAUUCAAGCAAAGGCCAAGAAAACAGUUUACAUAUAUAGUAAGGGUUCUUCUAUUAGAUGGUAUAGGGUUCCGGUAUUGCAGAUAGAACUGGAAUGGAGGCUAGAGAUCAUCUUCAUUGGGCAGAAAGAGAAAUUAAGGUCAAGAGAGAUUAAAUAACUCCCCCAAAUUAUAAUAUUAAAGACCAGAGCAGGACUUUAAGCUCAGGUCAUGUGAUUCUAAUUCUAUUAUCCCUUUCCUGGCUCUAUCACUUGCUCCUUGAAUGACCUUCAAGUGGCUCCACUUCUCUAAGCUCAGUUUCCCCUUCUGUAAGAGGUCUGGAACUUAAGGUCCCUCCCAGAUUUAAAUCUGUUCCUUUGAAUGCGGUGAUAAUAUAUUCACACCAUAUUAUGCCUCGGAAAAACUUCUGCUCAAAAUCCAAGGUGUGUUGUAUUUUUUUCCCCUUCAGGGUUGAGAUGGCCAUUGGAAAUAAGCCAUAGUGUGGCCCUGAAUCGGGAGGGACCCAAUAAGUGAGGCCAGAAGACUUUAUCUUGGAGCCUCCUCCACAUCACGGCACGACACGUGGAGGUGUUAUAGGAACAGUUGUGUAGACCUGCUCUGCUCUCCAGCAAAGAAAUCCCUAUCUAAUUAAUGCAAUUCCAUCCCCAGUCCUUGUUUGCUGUCAGGCAUAUGUUUCCCUGUUUGUCUCUCUCUCUCUCUCUCUCUCUCUCUCUCUCUCUCUCUCUCUCUCUCUCUCUCUCUCUUAUUUUCUUACUUAAACAUGAGGAUAUAAUUACACAUGAAACUAAUGGAUGCAUUUAUAAUCUUCCAUAAUAAUUUUAAGAGUGGGAAUAUAAUAUUUAUAUGAAUGCAAGGAAACCGUCGGCUUCAAAGAGCAAGGAAGGCAUUUCCAAUGACUAGCUAAUCACCGAAGGGCAGAGAGUAGCUCUUUUGCUAAAAAUGCCUCUGUGCAGCCGGGUUCCAUGUUGCAUAUUUUCCUCCAUCUCUUGUAAGCUGGGUGUUAUUGUGGAUUUGCUCCUGGCGUUAUUUUCACAUUUAAAUAUUUUCUUCCAGGAAAACAAGCAUCAAGUCUCCAAAAAUAGAUUCAGUAUGAAGAGGGGUAUGACUGGUGUAAGCAUAUUUCAGAUGGAACCCAAUCGGAGACUUGGCAGGGCUUUCUGAAUGGGUUUUUAGAGCUUAAGUAAGGCAUUUGAUCGUCAGCCUCUUCUGGAGGGUUUGGAAAGGCUGAGGCUGGGGGGAAAGGGGUGUUGCUCCAGGAUGCCAGCUUGUCUGGAGUUCUGGAGGAGGCACAUGGAGAGUGAAGGGGGUUAGGUGGGUGAAACAUUUUGUAAAUUCUGAAAGGACUUUGCUGAUCUCAUUCUCAUCUUGUCAAUCACUUAUCAUUUUUUGUCAUUGUUAUUGCUGGUUAUUAUUGUGGUGGCCAGCAUCAAUCCGCUAAUGAAUAGUGGUGAAAACUUGGUAUGGAAUAUUCAAAGAGAUAGUAUGGUAUAGUGCCAUGGUGGUGAACCUAUGGCACACAUGCCGAAAGGGGCUUCUCCCUUCCCCUUCUCCACCACAGCCGAGGACAUUUUUUCACAUUGCUCUGCCCCCAGCCCAAUGGGAGUAUUCCCUCCAUCCCUUGUUUGGGGUAAGGCGGAGGUUCAAAUGUAGCAUUAGGGUGGGUACAGUUUGGGCACUUGGUUUCUCAAAGGUUUGCCAUCACUAGUAUAGUGGAUAGGACAUUGGAUUUGUCAGAAAGACCUGAAUUCUGAUCCUGCCUAACUAGCUCUGUGACUAGAGGUGAGUUAUUUAACCCCUUAACCUUAACUUUCUUAUUUACAGAAUGAGAAUAUGAUCCAACUGGGUUGUUGUGAAACAUGAGAUAUGUAAAACCUUUCCUAAAAUCUUAAAGCACAGUACAACUGGUAGCUCAGUGGAUUGAGAGCCAUUCCUAGAGAUGGGAGGUCCUGGGUUCCAAUGUGGCCUCAGACACUUCCCAGCUGAAUGACUGUGGGCAAGUCACUUUAACCCCCAUUGCCCAGCCCUUACUGCUCUUCUGCCUUGGAACCAAGACACAGUAUUGAUUCUAAAAUGGAAGGUAAGAGUUGUAAGAAAAAUAAAAUAAAAUAAAAUCUUAGAGCACUCUAUGGUCACCAAUAAUAUCACCAACCUCCCCAAACCUUAGUUUCAUCCUCUUUUAAGAAGAAAAGGGGAGAGGGGGGAUUAACAGGAGCAUCUACCUCUCAGGAUUGCUAUGAAGCCCAGAGGAGAUAAUUGACAUGAUCUGCUUUCUAAUCACUUAACCAAAAAACAUUUAUUAUGCCCUUAGUAUAUACUGUGCUAUGGGUUGGGGAUACAAGGAAGAAACUCAAACAAUUCCUACAGUUUACAGUGUACUGAGGUAAAUAAAUUGAUUAAGAAGUAUUUAUUAAGGGGGCAGCUGGGUAGCUCAGUGGAUUGAGAGCCAGGCCUAGAGAUGGGAGGUCCGAGGUUCAAAUCUGGCCUCAGACACUUCCCAGUUGUGUGACCCUGGGCAAGUCACUUGACCCCCAUUGCCUAGCCCUUACUGCUCUUCUGCCUUGGAGCCAAUACAAAGUAUUGACUCCAAGACGGAAGGUAAGGGUUUAAAAAAAAAAAAAGAAAAGAAGUAUUUAUUAAGUUUUCCUAUUUGCCAGGCUCUGGGUUAAUUAAUGGCCACAUGCACAUACAAAGUGUUACCUAUGGGUUAUUGUCCUCUGAGAAAUCUAAAUAUGAUCGAGGACAUUUGGGUAAGUCAGUUAUAUCUACAAUGGUUAUAGUUUUCUUUGGAAAAAGAAGUAAGUAGAGUGGGGAAGGGACAAGCAUCAUUCAUCAGAUUCAAACACACUUAGAAGGGCUGGGUUUCUCAGUGGACAGUGCUUAGGAUUUGGAAUUAGGAAGACCUGAGUUCAGAUCCUGCCUUGGAUGCCCACCAGCUAUGUGCCCAUAAAUAAGUCCUUUUUCUUCUCCAAGCCUCAGUUUCCUCACCUAUAAAACAAAGAUGCCAGUAAUUCUUAGCUCCUGAGUGAUGUCACAGUUCAUGGAUGUGAAUGUUUGUAAAGCAUUUUUUUUUACAAAUUUUGAAUUUAUAAAUUUUAAAUGAAGCAUUUUCACUGACAUUUAAAAUAUAAUAAAAAUGCCAAUUUUUAUUUUGCCCUUAAAAA